AUAUAGGGAAGCGGUCGUCCGUCGUAUUUAUUAUUUACUUUCUUUUCUUGAAAUAGAGAAAUAUUAUUUCAUGCUAUUUUCAUGCUUUGUGUUGACUACUUGAAGACCUAAAUAGUUAAAUACGUACCUAUUGGUUAUUACAAAUUACAAUUUAAAAAUCAGUUUGAAAUGGCAGCGGUUCUUAAGAAGCGAGCUUUAGCGGAGUAUAACAAAUCCUUUCAGGAGGGACCGUCAUCGAAAAAGCUGCAUCUAGUCAAGAAACCCCUCAUUGGAAGUUCAGCUGCUGCCUUUGUGGGUCUUUUGGAGAAAUGUAAAUCCAGUGAUGAGGCUUUACAGUUACUAUUAAGAAUAUCUGAUUGUCUUCAAUUUCAAGAAUCCGAUGUUGAGGAAGCUAUCAAGAAACUGUCUGAGCAUUUUCAGUCAGAAGAAGAAUCAGUUGUUCGUGUGAAAAUAUUGUGGCUCUAUUGUGAUAUUGGCCUGGAGUGUCCUGGAGCUAACUUAAACAAUUUAAUUGAAGAGACUAUACAUUUGAUCAAGAAUGAAACAUCACAUAAGGUAAUAGCUCAAGGUAUAGCAACACUGAUAAAACUGGGUAGCAGACUUUCAGAGGACAAAACCCUCAUGAACCGCCUUGUAGCUGUGGCCAGGGAUAAUCUAAAGGACACAAGUCACCAGGUGAAGUGUAGAUGCUUGCAACUAAUCAGCGAGCUCUAUCCAAUAUGUCCAGAAGCAGACAGAACAGCAGAAAUGACAGCGGAAGCAGAUAUUAUUGUAAAAUUGCUCAGUGAUUACAGUAAUGCUGAGGAUGCAAGGGUGCGCUGUGAAGCAUUCAAGUCAUUGUUAGUCCUUCAUGAGCGGGGCUUGACACUCAGUGCACAGAUAUAUGAACAUGUAUGUGCUGCACUCUCAGAUGACUAUGAAAUUGUAAGGGAAGUAGCGCUGAAACUUGUGUGGCUUCUGGGCAAUAAAUAUCCUGAGAAUACAAUAACACUGCAAGAUGGCGAAACAACAAUGCGUCUAGUGGAUGAUGCAUUUGUUCGCAUUUGUUCAGCUGUGAAUGACCUGCGCAUGCAGGUGCGGGCCCUGUCCUGCUCACUCCUGGGAACGUCUCGGGCGGUGUCCGAUAGGUUCCUCUUGCAAACCCUGGACAAGCAGCUUAUGAGUAAUAUGAAAAAAAAGAAGACUGCCCACGAGCGAGGAGCUGAACUAGUAAGGUCUGGUGCCUGGGCGAGUGGGCGACGCUGGGCAGACGACGCGCCGGGGCAGCUUCUGGAACAGUCUACAGUGCAAUUACUGCCCGGAGGAGCUGCCGGUGCGUUCGUGCAUGGCCUGGAGGAUGAGUUUAUGGAGGUCCGCACGGCAGCUGUGGAAGCUGUCUGCGAGCUGUCGAUGGAGAACCCGACAUUUGCAACGACCUCGCUUGAUUUCCUCGUGGACAUGUUCAACGAUGAAAUCGAGGACGUGCGUCUCCGGGCCAUCGACAGCCUUACGAAGAUCUCCCACCACAUCGUGCUGCGAGAGGACCAGUUGGAGACCAUCCUCGGGGCUCUGGAGGAUUACUCAAUGGAUGUUAGAGAGGGCUUACAUCGAAUGCUGGCUUCGUGCACCGUCGCAUCAAAGACCUGCCUGGAGAUGUGUAUCGACAAAAUAUUGGAGAAUCUCAAGAGAUACCCACAGGACAAGCGGUCAACAUUUCGCUGUGUACAACAAAUGGGAAGUAAACACGCAACCUUGGUGCUACCGCUCACGACCCGUCUGCUCGCUGUGCAUCCAUUCUUCGAUAUGCCCGAACCUGAUGUCGAAGAUCCGUCUUACAUGUGUGUACUGAUUCUGGUGCUGAACGCGGCGCAGCAUUGCACCACGAUGCUGCCGCUGUUUGAAGAGCACACGGUGAAGCACUACACGUACCUGCGCGACACCAUGCCGCAUCUGGUGCCACCGCUGCCUAUCGGCGGCAGCCAGGUGUCGAGCGAGCGGGCUGCGGCCGGGACAGACGACCGCGCGGUGCGUCGCUUCCUGGACACUGUGCUGCAGCACGUGGACAACGUGACGCUGUCGGCCACCGUGCGGCUCAAGAUGCUGCAGGCGGCCGAGGAGCAGCUCAACAAGCUGUCUGAGAUGGAGCCGCUGGUGUCGGGCGCUGCCAACUUCACGGCGCUGUUCUGCCGCUGCGCCGUGGCGCUGCACUACGCCCUAAACACGCCGCGGCCGGCGCCCUCGCCGCACGCGCUCCAGCAGCUGACCGCGUAUUGUCUGAGGCUACAGCAUCAGUUCAGCGGCGUGACGGAGCAGGAGAGCGCGUGCGUGUGGCAGCUGGCCCUGCGGGUGAGUGCCGCGCGCCUGCUGGCGGCCGCGGGCGGCGCGGGGGCGGCGGGGACGGGGGCGGCCGCCGCGCUUUCUGCCGCCGCCGCGCUCACACACCAUGCCGAGCUGCUGGACCGGCUGCUGGCAUCCGCGGGCGUGGAGCCCGAGCCGUUCACCAUCGCCGUGUUCCAGCAGCUGUCGAGCGCCGAGCUCAAGCCGAGCAUGCUCGCGCGCGCGCUGCACCCGCUGCUAAUGGCCGCUCCGCUACCCGUGGUCCCCAAACCCAAUCUCAACAUACGAAUGUGCGUAGCGACGAUCAUCGAGCCGGCGAAUGACAACGACACGGUGCUGCGGUUCUGUGCCGGACUCAUCGCAGGAGUGGGCUUCGAGGCCGAGGUGCUCCGUGUGCGGGACCCCAGCGCGCUCCGGAUACGUGUGGCCUACCCUGACCGCAGGGUGCACGCCCUGGUCCCACCCAGAGACCACCUGAGGCCGCUCGAUCAUCUUAAUACAAACGAGGACGGCACACAGAACGUGCGGCUGCUAACGAAAGUGCUGAUAUCGCACGGAGUGUGGACGGAGCCGUGCGGGGUCGACAUAUCUGUGUGUCUGUCUGUCGAGGAGGUACCGGGCGGCAGUCGCGACGCGGCCCAGUUGGUGGAGCUGUGCCGCCCCGUGCGGGUCACGGUCGCUCCCAAGCCGAUCAAGAGAGGGAUAUAGAUUGUUUAAGACGAGCAGGACGUUCAUACGCCCUGCCCAUUACAAUGUAGUGCCGCUCUGGGUUCUUAAAUAAAAUUCCUUGAGACAUAAGAUGUUAAGUCUCCCACUAAUUUCACUAGCUACGACGCCUUUUAGACCGAAACACAACAAUAAUACAUUACUGUUUCGCGGCAGAAAAGGCAUCACAGCCAUAAUCUAGCCGGCAUUCUGUGGAUAGGAGCCUCCCACUGGUAAAAGUAAGAUGUCUUUUAGUCUAAACUUGUAAAAGAAGUGUACGCUAUCAAAAUUUUAAUUUGUAAUAGUUAUUUAUGCAACUGUUGCGUAAUAAUAAGGGGUAUUAAAAUACGAAUGUGGGUUGAUGAGUUGUGAUAAUAGUAUCACAUGAGUGAGACUUUAUCUACACUAGAGUCUUUAAUAGAGGAUUUAAAGCAUGGGUGUAGAUAAAGUAUGUAAGUUUUGUGAUUGAUGUAUCUAUAGUAAUAUUAUAAAUAGGUUAUCUUUGUAGUAUUUAACUCUGGGAGUACUGAACCGACUUUGGAAAUUAUGUUAAUUGGAAGAUACAUUAUUUGUGUCAUAUAGAAUGGUGUUAGACAGGAAGAAUCACUUUAUUGAGGAACUGAGAAGCACUCCAGAAAGCAAACAAAUAAUAUAUAUAUAUAAUAUGCGGACGAAGUCGCGGGGGACAACUAGUUUGUGAUGUUAAUAUUUCGGCAUUGUUGUGAAUUGGCGCGGAAUAACGCGACAAUAAAUUUAAAUUUAAUUGAAAGCAAACAUUUUAUUGAGCUUCUAUUAACUUUUAUUCUGGUAUGAAUCAUCAUUCUUCAUCUUGGUAUCAACUAAUUCUUACUAUUUAUUUUUUAUGACAGUAAGGGAGUAGACGAGCAGGGCGUUCAGCUGAUGGUACUUGAUACGCCCUGCCCAUAACAAUGCAGUGCGGCUCGAGAUUCUUGAAAAACCAAAUCAUUCAGAGUGGCACUACAAUAAUUGUGCUCGUCACCUUGAGACAUAAGAUGCCAAGUCUUACUGGCCCAGUAAUUUCACUAGCUACGGCGCCCUUCAGACCGAAACACAGUAAUGCUAACACAUUACUGCUUCACGGCAGAAAUAGGCGCCGUUGUGGUACCCAUUAUCUAGCCGGCAUCCUGUGCAAAGGAUGAACCCACUGGUGACCGUGACAGGUUACCUGUUAAAAAAAUUAAUUUCGUUAUUCAAUAGAUGAUACUAUUUGCAAUAGAUGUUCAAAACAUGUAACUAAUCGCAGAAAAAAUUCAGACAUUGAACAUAUUCUGUGACUGAGAUGAAUGGAUACAUAUACAAUGAGCAAGAUAGGACUAUCUGUUAUAAAUUAUUUAAUUAUGAAUAGUAUUAAAUAUGUGAACUUAU